UUUCGUACGAUGAUGGAGAAACUCAUCGCAGGUUGUCCUGUUCUUGAAGACUUUGCCUUAAUUCUGCCUGAUGAUGAGCGCCACAAAGCUAUGCCUUCUCUGCGUGUGAGGUCUCAGACUUUAAAGAGCUUUCUGUUCGCGUUUGAGUUUAAUACCACUGGUAAAGCUUUUGCAGUUGAGAUUGAUGCUCCAGCACUCAAGUGUAUGACUUUCAGUGAUAGUCAAUCUGAUAAGAUUGUGUUGAAGAAUCUGAAUUCUCUUUCCAUGGUCGAUAUCAAUAGUGACUUUCAUCUUAAGUAUGGGAAAACUUUGGGUCCAAGAAAGAGAAACGUUAUCCGCGAUUUUCUCAUUGGUAUCUCUAGUGUGAGACAUAUGAUCAUCUCUAAGCUUACUCUAGAGGUCCUCUUUCGAUAUUCCAAAUUGGGACGGAAAUUUCCCAAAUUUGAUAACUUGACUCGUUUGGAAGCUACACUCUCUAGAUCCAUGUUAGAACUAUUUCCAUCCUUUCUUGAGAGCUUCCCGAACCUGAAAAAUCUCAUAUAGGUGCUUUCUGAUUUAAGAGAGGCAAAGGAAAUCAAACUUAGCCAUGUGCCUCAGUGUAUGUUAUUGAAUCUGGAGAGUGUUGAGAUCAAUCUGCAGUAUGGUGAGAUCAAGAGAGUGAUUAUCAUGGAAGAAACCGUGAAGGAACUAGUGAGAUAUUUUCUUGAGAAUUCAGUAGUUCUCAUCAAGAAACUGAUUCUGUGUUUUGAAGAUCUUUCUAAAGCAAACCAAGAUUCAGAUAUCUUCAAGGAGCUUCUUAAAUUCACUAAGCUUUACCCGCGUUGUCAGAUCAUUAUCCACUGA